UGCUUUCAUCCUCAUCCGGGCUCUCAUCCAUGUCUGACUGUUUACAUUCUGAUUGGAGGGAAUAAAUCAUCAAACUUUAAUCCUGUGUGUGGGGGGAGAUCCGCCAACCGCUUUUCGCGCUUUGAUAUAACAUUCUGACUGCCGUCAGUGUUACGUAACGGGAGUGCGGGUGUUACGAUGCAGUGAGGCUGCGUGAAUCAUCCCGGCAUCCUUUUCCCUUCUUCUUGUCUCUCGCGGAGCUCCGAUUCAAACUCAGGAGCAGGAACGAUCAAAGAGUCACGUGACCCAGAAAAGCCCCCUUUGAUGAGUAGAGAGAUCACAGAAUGAGGGACGGACGAGCGAGAGAUGACAGCUGCUGCUUCUGUCCCCGCAGAUCCGCGUGAGCCCGCGCGGGCAGAGGUCAUGCUGCGGGGGGAGUCCGGCUCCCACGGACCCUGCACCUCCGCACAGACGUCCGACCACGACGAUGAGGUGGGUGCGAGCUGUGAGGAGGCAGUGUGUCUGUGCCAGGCCGGUCCCUGUACACUUCAUUCAGAAGCACCCACGCCCACACCGGACACGCUGCUGUGCCGGCACUGUGGGAAGAACCGAGUCAUGGUAACCAGGUACUCUGAGGGAUACGGCACAGAGGAGGACGGCGUGCUGUCGGAGCCUCAGAGGGACAGCGAUGCAGACGCAGACAUCGAGGACACUGACUGCAGGCUGCAGAAACCUGGAACUCUCCAGCGGAUCAGCUCAAGGAGACGAAAGCGCCCCCAAGUGGCGCGACAAGACACCACAGAGAGUGAAGAUGAUGGUGGGCGGAGCCACAAAUCACACCGCUGGAACCUGCGCCUCAGUCCUGACCGAUCUCACAGCAGGACCAUCCUGGAGGAGAGCGUGUCUCAGGUCAGGCCGCUGGUCAUCAGUCAGCCAAACGCCGACGGUCAGAAGAGUCGUGAGGAGGACACUGGGAGCUCCAAGCUGAAGCGUUUGUGGUCGUCAGCACUCUCUGCUCCUCUCAUCCUCCUCCUGGCCCUCUCCGUCUUCAUUGUCAUCGUGUUCUUCCUCCUGCCGUGGACCAGAGCGUGACCCCAGGUUGUCAGUAGUCAGAUGCUGGACGGAGAACCAGAUGUGCUUCUUUAGCCUUAAGGGAAAACACCAAAAUGACAAAGGAUUUGGUUUCUAUCAAGUAAAUAAUACUGCUUUUUAGGAAAGAUGUGAAAUCUGUUCAAACUAAAAGUUGGUCACCUUCUCAGACAUCACCAUCAUGAUGAACUCCUGUCUCACUCAAGAUCUCCAGGGUAAAAACUCAAAGUUCCUCCUCUGAGUUGAAGGAAUUUUGCAACCUAAAAUCCAGAAGUGUUGAGAGAAAAAGACUGUCACAAGAGGGAUCAGUUGAGCAUUGGCAAAAACUGUCCAAACAGAGAAGUGGAACACUUUCUCCACCAAAUGAACCAACACUAAGCUGGAGGUCACGACGUACCAAGGAGGACCUCUUCAUCUGCAAAUCAGGAACCAGUUUGAUCAAAGGGCCGCCAGCAGCUGCCCCGGUUCUCAAUGCUUUUAUAUACUCCUGGGACAUAAGAAAUCAUGUCAAAUAGUGUCUGGAAGGCCACAAGAACAAAUGUAAUGGAAGUUUUUUACAGAUCUCUUAAGCCUCGCUUCCAUUGAGCGGUUUGUUUUGCGUGGUGCAGACCGCUAGCGUGUCAUUGCAUAAUUUUAGUGCGACAACUAGAAAAGCAACAACAAUAGAGGUCAUCCAGCAGCUCGACUUUUUCUUGCUUCACUUUUUGUACAUGGUGUGGAACAGCAUUUGAAUUUUGUUUGAAGGAAGAUUGCGGGCGGCUAAGAACAAUACUGCCGUUGGAAACGUAUCCUUAAAUAAGCAUUAUACUGGGGCUUUCUAAUGUCGUAAACACUUUCUUUCAAUCAACGGGUGGAAACAGCGACUCCGCUCCAACCCUCUCGUUCCUCUUUUCUAUUGACGUUCAAAAGUCUUGCGUUCUCGUGGAGCUACACAACUUUUUAAGACCGUUUUUGGGCUCGACCUACAGAGCUAAAGUUAAAACCGGUCAAACUUUGACCAAUCAGGGGCUCAGAUUUGUUAAUGACGUAUGGUUGAUGUCCUUUCUAGUUCACGGAAGUGCCAACCGUUUUAGAAUUGAUCAUGAAGGAGAAAUUAAUAAUUGAAUCUGUGUCCGGUUGGAAUAACGUCAGAUUCACACCGCAUGCAGAAGCGAAGCGACGCGGAAUGAAGGCCUCUUCCAUUCGGCGCCCUUGUUAAUCUAUAGUUUAGUUUACACCAGACGCGGAGUUCCACGGUCCUCCCUGGCUGGCUCGCACCGUAUGGUGAUCGUCACACAAAAGAUCUGAUCAAUUUUCAAAAAUAUAGAAAUUUUUCACAAUAAAACACAGCGAUUGACAAAUGCAAUCAUAUCUUUGUGUCUAAACCAGUGGUGUCAAACAGGACGUGGCCCGCUAGAUGGUUUAAUCCUGCCCAGUCAUAAAAAAAACAUAAAGAUGCCGUGAUAAAAAAAAAAAAGCACGUUUCUAGCCCAUUACUUUGGCAAGUUAUGGUUAUAUAAAGAAAUGGCUGCAAUGUGCAACUCCGCUACUAGGGGGAACAAAGUAGUGACCCGACAUGGGAUGGGGGCUGGGGGUUGGGUUCUGGUAAUGGCAAAAAAAUAAAUAGAUAAAAUAAAAUAAAAUAAUCGACCGUCCCAGGAAAAUACGUGUCUGGUGUGAAAUGAAGGUUAAUGGGUACCAAUACCGCGCACACACAUCGCUUUGCAGUACUUCCGCGUGCGGUGUGAACCAUCCGUUUAUAUGUCACCAAGUCUUUAAGUAUUGGAAUAGAGCUGCACAAAAAGAAGAAAAAAAA